UUAACUGACCAUACUCUAUCUGUUGAUGAAGACUGUGUGAUAUGGUCAAGAGUUUCAGAACAGCUAACAGCGGUCUGCAGGAGCGAGCGGGGCGCGUUGUUACGUACGGCUCGGCCCGGGGACGUCGGUGCUUUCCUUGGCCCUCACCGCUCUCAACAUGGAGUUUUUAAUGGGGAAUCCAUUCAGCACGUCGGUGGGACAGCGGAUCGAGCACGCGACCAGCUCCAGCCUGCCAUCAGAAGACUGGGCCCUCAACAUGGAUAUCUGCGACAUGAUCAACAGCUCAGAGGAAGGACCCAAAGAUGCUGUCAGAGCCAUAAAGAAAAGGAUUGUGGGGAAUAAGAACUUCAAAGAAGUUAUGCUGGCCCUUACUCUCCUGGAGACCUGUGUGAAGAACUGUGGGUACAGGUUUCACAUCCUGGUGACAACACGGGAUUUUAUAGAAGGGGUUCUGGUCCGGUCCAUCAUCCCAAGGAACAACCCUCCACUAGUUCUGCAUGACAGAGUGCUCAGCAUUAUACAGGCGUGGGCUGAUGCAUUCCGUAGCUCACCCGACCUGACGGGUGUGGUGUCAGUGUACGAAGACCUGCGAAGGAAAGGGCUUGAGUUCCCCAUGACAGAACUGGAUGGUUACUCACCUGUGCAAGCCGCCCAAAAGACUUUGCCUGGGAAUGGGCCUGCUGUCACUACUCUGCCUGCUGUGCUCCUUUCUUCCAAACCUCCGCUCAUCCCAUCCCGAACCUCUGAACUAAAACUGGCCCUAGAGGGAACAAAUGUCUUCACUCCAAGCCAGGUAAAAAUGCUGAAGACAGAGCUGGGAGUGGUGCGUAGCAACCUAACCAUGAUGUCGGACAUGAUGCGUCAGCUCGAUCCUGUUACCGUUAAACAAGCAGAAAUGGAGCUGCUGGAGUUAUACACUGUAUGUAAGGAAAUGCAAGAGAGGAUAGUGAAGAUCGUCCCCAGACUCAGUGAAGAGAGGCUGAUUGAAGAGUUACUGGCAACAAAUGAUGAAAUGAACACCGCCUUCACUCGCUACCACAGGUUUGAAAGACGGAUAACAAAUGGUCAAAAUACAAAACAGAAGAGCCACUCGUAUGUCAACCUAACGGACCUCAAUGUCACAGCUGAGUCUCAGGAGUCAGGAGUUGCAUCAGUUACCAGCAAUAGUUUGUCCAGUCAGUUGGCAAAACUUAGUACACGUGAUUCAGAUGACACAUUAUCACAGAAAAUAGAUUGCUCAACUCAACAAACACCAAGUGAGCAGAGUGAAGUUGCAGUGGAUGGCCUGGCCCAAGCUCAGGACAACAGACUACACAACACUGGAACAGAUGACAGCCCAGCCUCCACCCGCAGCUCCUCACCAAAGUUAGAUUGGAUGAUUAAAAGGGGAAUGAUUCCUAUCAGUCAGUCAAAUGUAAUGGAUGAUAUUGAGAAAUGGCUAGCCUUGGAUGAUGAGUAUGAUGACUUUGAGGACUCUGAUGGUGUGACCAGUGAAGAGUUUGACAGGUUUUUGGCAGAAAGAGCAAAAGCAGCUGAGCACCUGCCAUCACUGAGGGCUUCUUCACACGAUACCAACCACUCCAAGUCUUAAAGUACACUUAAACCUGCCAAACUAACAAUACUCAUGAAGCUCCUUUGCCAUUGGUGGAGAAAUGGAGAUUUAUUUUAGAUGAAUUGGCACAUUUGAUAUAUAUGGAGAAAGGCAACCCAUAUUUGAG